CGUGAAAAAAUAUCUAGUUUGCUUUGUAUUACAUAUUUGUGAUUUUUAAAUUUACUGUAAAUCACUGCCUCUUCUUAGCGACACCUAACGUUCAUUAGCAGACAACUCUUAUAAUAGUUUGAACCAUCUGAAGUCGAUGUUGAUUUUACAAGUCUGUUUGUCAUAUUCGCCACACGGUCUGGCCGUGAUUGCAAACAAAUUUAAGAUAGAAUAUUUAAGAGUUCAGUAGCGAAAUGGGGCAAAGUAGUAACAAAUUGAACAAAAAAGACAUUGAAGCUCUGGCUGGGGAAACGAAACUUGAUGGAGAAAAAGUUCAAGAAAUGUACAAAGACUUUCUCAAGCAAUGCCCAAACGGAAAAAUAACAAAAAAGCAAUUUAUUGGAAUGUAUCAGCAACGUUUUCCUGGAGGAAACGGAACAGACGUUGCCGAGAGACUUUUCCGGGGCUUCGAUAAAAACAACGACGGUAUCAUCGACUUCCGGGAAUUUAUAAUUACUGAGUAUGUGAAGUCACAAGGUUCCCCAGAAAAGAAAUUGGAAUUGGCGUUUGGUCUUUAUGAUAUAGAUGAGAACGGUUACAUAUCGUUGACCGAAAUGAUGGAAAUCUUCAAGGCGAUUCAUAACACACUGCCAGAAGAGCAAAGAAAAGGAGGUAUGGCUGAUGUUCGGAAUCGCACGAAACAAAAAUUUGAGAAACUAGACGAUAACGGCGACGGACAAAUUUCGAAGGCAGAAUUCGUCGAGGGUGCUAAGGAUGACCCCGAACUUUUGGAAAUUCUGCGAAAAUAACGACAUGACAAUAAACUACCACUCUAGCUCAUCUCAUCUUAUAUACUAUAUAUCCGACUAUACUAUCUAUCAUAAUAAGAUGAAAAAAAACAGGUUAUUCAGAAUAAUUCAUGGCAAACUUAAUUCGAUUGCUAUUUUUGCUCGUGUAGAAAAUGU